CCGUGCAGUUUUCAUGAAAUAGAAGAUUUCCCAAUUCAUUUCAUUGUGCCGCUCUAGCCGUAUAUAUCGUGUCGUCUUAUUGUUCCUAACAAACAAAAAUUAUUUUUUUAAUUUCUGGGAAAGAGUUCGAUUAUUGUAUUGUAUAUUUUUUACGCGCGACUAUUAACGAUAAUGUCGAUCCAAAACCUAAACACUCGUGAUCCCUUUGUGGAUGCCUCGAAGUGCAACGACGACGAUAUCCAGGAUGGACUCGUCCACAUCCGCAUCCAGCAGCGCAAAGGUCGCAAAACUUUGACCACUGUCCAGGGUCUCUCGCAGGAGUACGACCUCAAGAAAAUUGUACGCAGCUGCAAGAAGGAGUUUGCCUGCAACGGCACUGUCAUCGAGCACCAGGAGUACGGGAAGGUGCUACAGCUCCAAGGCGAUCAACGGGAGAACAUUUGCCAGUGGCUGACUAAGAUCGGAUUGGCCAAGGGCCAUCAACUGAAGGUCCAUGGAUUUUAAGGGCUGAGCGGGUGGGAUAAUUGCAUGUUUUAGUUCAACAAUGAGAUUCUACAAUCAAGGACUCUACAAAAGUACUCAAAUCUACAAUCUACACCUUCAAUCAAUCUACAAGAGUUCUUAAGUGUACAAUAUCUACUAUAAAUAUGCAAAAACUGUACAAUCAAUUUGCAAAAUCUCCAAGAGCUAUAAUCUGCAAGAGCUACACUCAAGAAAGCUUUUCAAAGAAUGCGCUUUACAAAAAAACAAGCGCCAGAAAAAUAUUGUAGAAUCGAAUAUGCCGCACAUUAAUUUUAUUUUCAGAGGCUAUAAAUCAAAUUUAAUUGAUAGCCAUCCAAAAGUAUAUUUAAUUUAUGGGAAAUUCUCUAACUUACAUAUUCAAGCCACAUAUAUUAUAGGGCAUCCCUUAUGGAAGACAAUGCACCGAUUUAGCUACAAUUUCGAUAUUUGUAUCAUAAAAUCGGGUCCCAGAAUGGUUAUAAGUUAUAUUUAAAAUCGAGCGCAGCCGAGGCUCGGAAAACCGUAAUUUUAAUAAUUUUUACGAAUAUUUUCAAGAGUGGGCCUAACUAAACAAAUAAUUAAAAUAGUUGAAUAUACUUGCUGCCAUAUCAA